GUUGAGCGACGCAAUGCGCAGUCUGGGUCGGACGUUGCCAUGAAGAUGGACCUUGACGACAGUGUCUCAGAACCGGAAGUCACGAACAUUUGUGAGGAGCUUGAUGACUUCCAUGACCUCCUGCUUGCAAGUCAACAGCAACCUGAACAAGAGGACAACGUGUUGCCGGCACUAGCUUUACCUGACGACCCCUUGUGCGGCGGUGUCAAAGCCUUCAUUGACCUCCUGGACAGCGGAGAAUGUGUGCGGCGGUGGCUGCCGCAAAUGCGAGGUCUCUUGCGAGACCAUUGGGGGCACCCGGAAUUGCGUGGCUUACAACUUCCUGUCAUCAAUGCCCUCAUGUCUGGGAAGGAUGUCUUCGCAGUCAUGCCCACAGGUUCCGGCAAAUCGCUCUGCUACCAGCUUCCGGCUAUGGUCAGGGAUGGCACGACCAUUGUAGUUUCGCCGUUGCUGAGCUUGAUGGAGGACCAAGUUUCGAGUUUGCGAAGCCGUGGAGUUUCGGCUGCACGCCUGGGAAGUGAUACCACGCAAGCAAAGACAACGCAGGUUUUCCAAGAUCUGGCUGCUGGGGAGAUACAGCUUCUGUACGUAUCCCCAGAAAGAAUUGUGGGGACCAACGAGAAGGGCCACGCGCUGGGGAAGUUAGGGGCAAUUCUGAAACAGCUGUAUGACAGCGGCCGCUUAACGCUCCUUGUCAUUGAUGAAGCUCACUGCGUCUCUCAGUGGGGCCUAGAUUUUCGCAGCGAUUAUCGGAAAUUGUCGUGCAUGAGGGGCAGAUACCCGGGCGUUCCUAUGCUCGCGGUGACGGCCAGUGCGACGGCAGGGGUGGAGAGAGAUGUGGUAAAAAACUUGAAGAUGCAAGAUGCGGUAAGUUUCCGAGACACAUUUGACAGAUUCAACCUGUUCAUGGAGGUGCGCCCCAAGGUAUCAGAAGAUCAAUCGAUACGCGAGCUGGUGGCCCUGGUGUUGGCGCCGACGUCUCCAAAGCCAGCUUGUGGUGUUGUGUACGUUCUCGCACGCCGGGAGGUGGACCGUGUGUGUGAAACAUUGUGCGAGCUUGGGGUGUCCGCGUGUCCUUACCAUGCGGGGUUGCCUGUUGGAGUUCGCCGCGAUUCCUUUACCAAGUGGAUGCAGGGCGAGUGCCAACUCAUAGUAGCUACCGUUGCCUUCGGCAUGGGCAUUGACAAAAGGGACGUGAGGUUCGUCUUCCAUCUUGAUAUGCCAUCCUCCAUUGAAAAAUAUCAUCAAGAAAUUGGUCGUGCUGGAAGAGAUGGACGCCCGUGCCGAUGCAUACUUUGGUUCUCGCGUGGAGAUGUCAGGCGGAACAAGGAAAUGUCGCACAAGCAGUACGAUGUGAAGAGAUGCGAAGAUGCAGGGAAGUUCUUCGGUGACAACAGCUGCCGACAUGCAGGGCUCCUGAAGUAUUUUGGUGAAAAGCCAGCUUUCCAAAAUUGUCGGUCCUGCGUGGCUUGGCGGCAAAUUUCCGGUCCUGGUUAG